UGUAUAAUCAGAGCAAAAGCGGCAAGCAAUUUGAAAAUGGCAUCCUAUUUGAUAAAGGGUAUAGCUUUUUCACCUCAUUUCCACAGUCACGGUAGCAGAAUAAACCCUAGAAAACCCUCUCGUCUUCUUUUAUUUUCAAUGUCUUCUUGGGCCUGCAAAAAAUGCACCUUCAUCAACCCACCUUUUCAAAAAUCCACCUGCCAAAUCUGCUUAACUUCUUCUUCCUCUUCUGCUUCUCCGUCUUCUUCUCCUUCAGCUCCAAAAUGGGCAUGCAAGGCCUGCACUUUCUUGAACCCAUACAGGAACACGAACUGCGAGGUCUGCGGCACGAGGGCCUCAGUGUCGAGAUUCGAGGAUUUGAACGAUACUGAUAUUGAUGAUGAUGAGUCUGGGGUGGGCUCCGUUUUCUUGCCAUUGCAGCGUUGCAAGAGGAAGCUGCAGGACCCAGUUGCGGAUGAAGAAGAUUGCGUUGAAUUGGGUGGGUUUAGAGGAGCUAAGGCUUCGAGUAAGGCGCUGGCCGUGUUGGAGGACUCAGGUUCGGGCACAAUAUCUAGUUCAUUGAAGGUUUUAAGCUAUAAUGUUUGGUUUCGAGAAGACCUGGAAAUGCAUAAUAGGAUGAAAGCCCUUGGUGACCUUAUCAAACUGCAUUCCCCAGAAAUUAUCUGUUUUCAGGAGGUUACUCCUAAUAUAUAUGACAUUUUUCGCCAGUCCAGCUGGUGGAAGGUAUAUAGUUGCUCAGUUUCAUGUGAGAUUGCAAAUUCAAGAGCUUACUUUUGCAUGCUGCUAAGCAAAGUGACUGUGAAAUCCUUCAACUGUAUACCCUUCAGAAAUUCUACAAUGGGGAGAGAACUAUGUGUUGCUGAGGUUGAAGUUCAGAAGGGCAAGACUCUAGUGAUUGCUACUAGCCAUUUUGAGAGCCCCUGCCCAGGACCCCCGAAAUGGGAUCAGAUGUAUAGCAAGGAACGUGUUGAGCAAGCAAAUGAGGCAGUCAACCUUCUCAAAAAGAAUCCGAACGUGGUUUUUGGUGGUGACAUGAACUGGGAUGACAAAUUAGAUGGUCAAUUUCCUUUACCUGAUGGAUGGGUUGAUGCAUGGCGAGAGUUGAGGCCAGGGGAAAAUGGAUGGACAUAUGAUACCAAAUCCAACCCGAUGUUGGCCGGUAACCGUACAUUGCAAAAGCGACUAGAUCGAAUUAUUUGUAAUCUUCGUGAUUUCAAAAUAAGUGAAAUUGACAUGAUUGGGAUGGAUGCAAUACCAGGUCUAUCAUAUAACAAAGAAAAGAAAGUGAAGAAAGAGAAGAAGCAGCUGGAGCUUCCUGUUCUGCCUAGUGAUCAUUAUGGCUUGCUUUUGACAAUCUCUAGCCAGUAAUAUGUUUCUGGUGACUAAUUGCGGUGCUUCUGUGCGUGCUUUUGCAUGCAGUUUUGUAUAGUUAGCAGAUGGAAGGAUGUAAGUGAAGGGCAUCUUGUUUUGAGUUCUGUAUGGAACUUGCUUUAAAAAAUGAUAUAUUUUCAGAUAUACUGCUAA